AUGGGAGAUGGAGGACCUCUACAGACUGAGGGGAAUGCCCUCCUCAAGGCAGUUUUCCAGGGAAAGCUGAGACUGACCCGCCUGCUGCUGGAGGGCGGAGCUUACAUCAAUGAGGGUAAUGAACGCGGAGAGACUCCCAUCUGCGCGGCCUGCUUGGCAGACUAUGAAGAUCCACAGACCCGGCAGAAAAUGGUCCGGUACCUGCUGGAGAAAGGCGCUGACCCCAACAUUCCUGAUAAGACCGGACGUACGGCUUUGAUGCAUGCCUGCGACCAGCAGGCGGGGAGGGAUGUGGUUUCUCUGCUGCUGGAGAAUGGAGCGGACCCCAGCCUCAAGGACUACUCAGGUGCCUCCGCCCUUGUGCACGCCAUCAACAGAGAAGACCGUGACACGCUCCAGGUGCUGCUGGAUGCCUGCAAAGCCAAAGGCAAAGAGGUGAUCAUCAUCACCACUGACACGUCUCCAUUAGGUACCAAGAAGACGAAACAGUACCUGAACUCGCCCCCCUCCCCGGGCAUCAUCGACAAGCUGUCUCCUGCUUGCAUGUCUCCCUCUGAGGUGGAGAUUUCCACCUCCUCACCUGCAGGACUCCAGAGCAAAGGCCAGGACCAGAUCUUCAGUUUUGCACUAACUCCUGCAUUACCUGUACCUUCAACCCGCCCCCCAGGGGACAAACGGCUGCCGCCUCGCAAACUUCUGAAGAGGCUGAACUCUGAGCCCUGGGGCUUGGUGGCCCCCUCAGUCCUGAGCGGGGUUUUUCAGGAGCGAGUGGACUGUGGUCUGAAAGAGGAGGGCAGCCCCGAUGUCAGCAGCGAGAUGAAUGGUUUGAACAUCUCAGAGCCGGUCAGACCUCUACUGUCCAGACGACACAGCAUCGAAACCCACGACCCCUGCUCCCCCAAACCCAUUGACCGGUCUUGCUCUGAGGACAGCGCUGCCUUAUCUGCAACUUCCUGGGCUGAGAAAGUCCAGCAGCAUCAGACCCUGUACCGCAGAAACACCGCUCCGGAGCCCCAGGAUAACGCCGCGGCGUCCCGGGCCUUGGCUCACCCCAAACUGACACGGAUGGACCAUUACGAGUCGGACACACACCUGUCCCCAGAGUCCAUUCCAGGGUCGCCAGACUCCGGGCGGCUGUCUGUGGAGCGUAGGAGGUUAAACGCCUCCCCCCUGUCGCUGGUUACAAGCUCGUCUAGGGAGUCCCUGGAAAACAUCCCGACCUCAGUGUCCCCCAUGAUCAUGAGGCGGCAUCCUCCAGGACUCUUGGAGCGCCGAGGGUCAGGAACCCUGUUGCUGGACCACAUUUCUCACACCAGGCAUGGUUUUCUGCCCCCCCUCAACAUCAACCCACAGAGACCCAUACCGGACAUUCGUUCAAACGGAAAGGCCGCCUCCCCGGUCCACUCAGGGCACAAGAUCUUGGUCCCAGUGGCUCCAGCUUCACCAAAACGUGGCCCUGACUUUAAGAUGAAGAAAAAACUGAUGAGGAGACACUCGAUGCAGACGGAGCAGAUGAAGCAGCUCUCCACCUUUCAGGAGAUUCUGGCGGAGAAGGUCUCUGAUUGUAAUGGAGACUGA